AGCUUAUCAAUGACAAAAGAAAAUAGUGUUGGUAUCGCUUGUGAUUCAGAUAGCUCAGCAAAUCUAUGACCCCUUCCCUUCUUCGGAAUACGGAAGUUGCUCCACUCUCCGGUCGUGACGCUGCCAAGCUGAAGCUAGUCCCGCCCACUCACAGAGCGAAUGGAUGUUUUGCAUUAGUCGUCUACACUAACAUGGGAGCGCGGAGUCCUAGGCUAGAGCGGCCACGGCCACGUUUGGAUCUGAUUUUCUUGCGAAGGUUCCUAAACCUGUGUGUUGUCCUCUUCCCUCGCUGGUCAUCUCAGAAUGUGCUUAUGUUCCUCACCCUGCUUAUGGUGGCCCUUACAGGCCAGUUGUUGGUGUACCAGGUUGGAAUACUGCCCAGUCAAUUUUAUGGCGUUCUGGCAGAUAGAGAUCUGCACGGAUUUCAGCGCCUCUCGAUCCUUGCGUUGUUACUGAUCUUUCUCAACUCAAUCCUGUGCAGUGUUGAGCAGUAUGUUAGCAAAUUGGCCUAUGUGAGUUGCCGCCGUGAUAUGACUGGAUUUCUGCAUAGGUUGUACUUCCACAAACAGGUGUAUUACACACUUAGUGUGCAGCACCCACACAUCGACAAUCCAGAUCAACGAAUGACACAGGACGUAGAAAGGCUGUGUCGGGAGCUUAGCUCUUGUGCCAGCCAAGUCUUGACAACACCUUUCACCCUGGUGUAUUACUCCUACCAGUGUGCUGUAAACACAGGAUGGAUGGGUCCAGUCUCUAUUUUUGGGUAUUUUGUCAUUGGGUCUUUGCUGAACAAAGUAUUGAUGGGUCCUGUAAUACCAAAACUGGUUCAACAGGAGAAGCUAGAAGGAGAUUUUCGUUACAAGCAUGUGCAAGUUCGUGUAAAUGCUGAGGCAGCCGCUUUCUACAGAGCAGGCUCUGUGGAACUCUCUCGAACGGGCAGCCGUCUCCAGAAACUUAUUGUAGCCCAGAAGGAUUUGAUUAAUCAGGAGCUGUGGCUGAACCUUGGUACAAACACCUUUAAUUACCUGGGUGGUAUCCUGAGUUACAUGAUCAUUGCUGUCCCAAUCUUCACUGGCGUUUAUGCAGACUUGAGCCCAGCAGAACUGAGUGAACUUAUCAGCAAGAAUGCAUUUGUGUCAAUUUACCUCAUCAGUUGCUUCAGUAAACUCAUUGACCUAUCCAGCAGCCUCUGUGAUGUGGCUGGCUACACACAUAGGAUUGCAGAGCUGAAGGAGGUGAUGCUGGAUAUCUCUAGGUCACACAAUUGUUCCAAUAACACAGUGGAACCUCAAGACACAAACAACACAUUGGAGGCAAAAGCAGGUGACCCUGUGCUUAUUCUGGAUGAUAUAACCAUUACUACCCCAGGAGCAGAGUGCACACUUGUGCGUGACCUAAGUCUGCAGGUGUGUGAAGGGAGCAACAUUCUGAUAACAGGAGACUCUGGCAGUGGCAAAUCCUCCAUAUUGCGUGUUUUGGCUGGGCUUUGGGGAACCAAACGAGGUCAAGUUUCUGUUCUCACACAAUUUGGCCCCCAUGGGGUCAUUUUUCUUCCACAAAAGCCAUUCCUCAGUGAUGGAAGUUUAAGGGAACAGGUGAUUUACCCAUUAAUUGAAGUUUACCCAGAUUCUGGGUGGGUUGAUGAUGAAAGGAUACUGAAAUCACUUGAGAUGGCUGGGCUGGUAUCUCUGAUAAACAGAACAGGUGGACUUGAUCAAAAGGUGGACUGGAACUGGGCAGAAGUUUUAUCUCCAGGAGAAAUGCAGCGUUUGGCUUUUACACGGCUUUUCUAUCUACAACCAAAAUAUGCAGUCUUAGAUGAAGUUAGCAGUGCUCUCAGUGAACAAGCUGAGCAGGAGCUGUACAGAGGUUGUCAAGAGCUUGGAAUGACUCUUAUAAGUGUGGGACACAGACGCAGCCUACAGGAGGUUUGUUUAUCACACAUAUGAAGCAAAUAUAUAAUCAUAAUCAUCAGUGGCAUGUAAACUAUUCCCUCUUUUUAGGCACAAAGGCUUUUUAGGCUUUGUGCUCUUGUGGUUGUGCUUGUUUUUUUCCUUACAUACAUGAUACAAGAUACACAAGCAACAUCAGUUUGCCCAAUCACACUCUAGUAUCUUCUUUGUCAGAAGUCAGAAACUAUGUAAAAACAAAGAUACACAUACACUUAAUUGGGAUGGGGGGUGCAUUUAUUGAGAAGCACAUGGAGAAAUGAUUUCAUUACAUGCUUCUACUAUCAAAUAAAUAGGGUACAU